AUGGAAUCAUUCGCAACUGUCUCCGUUGGCUUGGCUUGCUUCGCCGCUGGAGCAGAAACGGUCCGAUGGGCCUUGUCGCCCUUGAGCAUCAAACAAACCAACGGUCGCAAGCAGCACGUGGAGGGCAUGUACUGGGGGCUCGUCUUCCUUUUCGCAUUUGCCUUGGAGGUUAAGGGUUUCAUCUCGCCGACCUCCUUCGUUGUCCUCGGAGCAGUGGCAUUCGUCCGCUUCUUCGGGACCAAGCACGAAGCCAACCACGUACAUUUCCUCCCAACUAUGACAGAUCAUGCGUUGCAAUGGGGCCACCGCUUCCUGGACAUACCGGCAAGCCCCUUCGAGAUGUGCCAGGACGAUUUGACCGACUGCCACAAAGGGCACCACAAGGCGUGGAUGCCCAACAGCACAUAUCCGGACCCCGACGCUUACAUGACGCAGUCUUGGUGGCCAAUCGGUCUCCUCCACUGCAUCUUUGAGAGUGAGCAAGCGAUGCCUCGCCACGUAUGGGAAACCAAAGGUAAGACCCUUGGGCGAAGCAUCGUGUGGGCCGUAUACAAGAGUCUCUGGCUGUAUGCCGUCUGGUACUACGCCGGAUGGGAGCACCUCAAGUUGUGGCUCUUGGCAUGUCGCAUCGCGAACGGCGGUGGCCUUUUCAUCUUCCACAACCUCCUGCACCAAGAGCCCGUCUACUCAGAUGGCUUGCCCUUCGCCUCGAACGUUCCGAGCCUCUUUUCCUUCGUGUGGCGAGUGAUCCUGGGAGAGGACCUUCUCAAC